CAAGAGAAAGUGACGUCGUUGUAUGAAAACUAUAUAAGGUGUAGGUUAAUUGAAAAGCCCUCAAAACACACAACAGCCACAUUAAUGUGGCACACCGGUCAAAGUUUUAGAAGCGGUACAGGAUAUUUUCCUUCUGGAUAUUCUGGCAGAGACCAAAAUUCAUGGUUUCAUCAGUAAUAAGUUGAGGCCCUAAAGCAGCAAAAAAGUCCUGGUGCAUCCACCACCUUGUAUUGACGUGUUUCCACAGAUUUUGUCUCUAACGGGUUGGAUUUCUGUUCUGGAUUUUUGAGAAACGAUUGGACUUUGACAGCAACAGCUCUGCACAUUGAACCGCCGCUGUAAACUCAACAGAGGAAGAAAAAAAUUUGUCAGGUGGCCUGUGAUUGCUGAGGCGUUCGCUGCCUGUGCUACUGCUGCUAUGUUACAGGAGAGGGUUAUCACCGCGGUUCGGCCACGUCUGCCUGCACGCCUGUGAAGGAGGCAGGCUGUGUGUGUUGGUUGGUGGAGAGAAGAGGAGCGAGCCAUAGAGAGAAGGGAAUGCUUCACCGUACCAAGUACAAUCGCUUCAGGAAUGAGUCGGUAACAUCCGCCGAUGAGCUUCUCCACGGCCUGUCCAUGAACCCCAAGGUCUCGGCCUCCUCCCAGUCUGCAACUGAGACAUCCUUCGCACCCCCAAGCGAGGUCCAGCCCUCCUCCACUGCUACCGUCCCUUCCAGCAACACAACCAUCCAUGGCUCUGAGCAUCUGGAGGAUGGAGGCACCACCCUCUGCACCCUCAUCAACAAGGUCUCUGGCCUGAAAUUCAGCAACUCGGGCAGCCUGCUUGGCAUCAAGGGUCUACCUUCAGCCGUCAAGGACCUGGCCGUGUCCAAGCUGCAAGGGGGUGGGGGUGCGGGCUCCAGCCCCAGCAGCGUGGUGGCAGCAACAGCCGUCUCUGGUGUGGGAGGGUCUCAGUGCAGCUCCCAUUCGACUCCCUGCACACAGUUGGAGACAGCUGUCAGCAUGAGCAAGAAGAGCAGACUGGACGAUCUCCAGCCUAGAGGAGAGGAUUGGAAUCCAGGUGGGGGUGGUGGACUGGUGAGCAAGCCCUCCAGAGGAUGGCUGCACUCGAAUGAGAAGAUAUCUGGCCCAGGAGUCACAUACGUUGUGAAGUAUCUGGGCUGCAUAGAAGUUCUACGAUCGAUGAGAUCCUUGGAUUUCACUACGAGGUCACAAAUAACAAGGGAAGCUAUCAGCCUGGUGUGUGAAGCAGUUCCUGGGACCAAAGGAGCGCUGCGGAAAAGAAAGCCACCAUCCAAAGCCCUGUCCAACAUUUUAGGCAAGAGUAAUCUCCAGUUUGCUGGCAUGUCCAUCAACCUGAACAUCUCCACCAGUAGCCUCAACCUAAUGACCCCUGACUGCAAACAGAUCAUUGCCAACCAUCACAUGCAGUCUAUCUCCUUUGCAUCAGGUGGAGAUCCUGAUACAACAGAUUAUGUUGCCUAUGUAGCAAAGGACCCGGUCAACAGAAGAGCAUGUCACAUCCUCGAAUGCUCCGACGGGCUCGCUCAGGAUGUUAUCAGCACCAUCGGCCAGGCGUUUGACCUUCGCUUCCAGCAGUACCUGCAGUGUCCCUCAAGCAAGAUGUCCUCAGUCCAUGACAGAGUAUUAAACAUGGAGGAGUUGGCAUGGACAGAGGAAGAAGAGGAGUCAACAGGACAUCCUUAUUAUAACAACAUCCCUGGCAAAAUGCCACCCCAAGGAGGCUUUAUUGAUUCUCGACUGACGAAUCAGAACGCAGCAUCUGAAGGCGGCCAGACUGGUCCGGGCUCGGUGGAUCAGACGUACUACCAGGGACGGCAUUGUGAAAACUGGGCUGAUGAAAGGAAAGCCAUCUUCCUGCAGCAGGGAUCUUUUGAUAUCAGCGGUUUCCCAGAGAAUAAAGGUCAGACACCUAAAGCAGUGGAGAUGCCCAUGUACGUGAACACCCAGCAGAUUGAUGCCCAGGUGCUUGCAGCUCUCCAGGCUGAAGCAGAAAAUGCUACAAAGGGCAUAGUAGAGGCAGGCAAAGAGAGCCCCCAGAAGGACCUGUUUGACAUGAAGCCCUUUGAGGAAGCCAUUCAGUCCCAGUCCCAGCCACUGGCCCCAGGGCAGUCCCAGACUCAAGUGUCCAACCUUCAGAAGGCAGCUUCUGUUGACAACUCCAGCCCUCUCCUUGUCCGAUCUUUGGCUUUCCGCGCACAAGAGGAGCUGGAAGGCCAGAUGUGGUACCAUGGCAAAAUGAGCCGCCGUGAUGCUGAGAAACUGCUUAAGAGCGAUGGGGACUUCCUUGUCCGCACGAGCACUACCAACCCAGGGUCCUACGUUCUGACUGGUAUGCACAAUGGACUCUCCAAACAUUUACUGCUUGUGGACCCCGAAGGCACGGUACGGACAAAAGAUCAUAUAUUUGACAGCAUUAGCCACCUUAUUGGCCAUCACCGUGACAACAAUUUGCCAAUUGUCUCAGCUGGGAGUGAACUCUGUCUCCAUCAGCCUGUUGAAAGGAAAUUGUGAUAUUUGAAAUGCCUGAUGGGAAGCAGAGGGCCUUUAGAUGCGCUCUCCUCCUGGAACUGGAAGAUGCCUGCAAAAGGCUCAAUGUGCUCAACACUGACCUGCUUUACUGGAGUCACUGGAGUACUCGAGAUUUGUUAAGGAUUAAGGAAAACUAUUUAUAGAAUUGCUAUUUUGUUGUGAUGACUGAAAUGCUAUAUUUUUGAGAAGAAAAAUCAGUGCAUUUGGACUUGAUACUUUGAUUUGGUGUUUAAAGAAACAAUAAAGCGACAAAUUGUUCUUGUAGUUUAGACGCAGUGCAAAUAAAACCUCAAAGAGGCAAGAAUAUUUUAAAAAUAAACUCUAAACUAAGUUUUGUCUGUCAAGCACAACCAUAUUUCUACUGAACAUGUUGACUCAGUGGUUGAAGAAUCAGAAAAGGCUCUUUUAAAUAAAUUCAAAUAAAAAAAUAAAAAUGCCCUGAAACUGACCAUUAGUGUGACAGCUUGAUUUAUUAGUCUCCAUAUGAAAGCUACUUUUGUUGGAGAUUGAAGCCGAAUGUGUUGUCAGUGUCGGGGAGCAAACAGACACCUUUUCAUCCUGCAGUCAAUGGCUUUAGAGAUCGGCCUUUUUUUAAAAUACAAUUAUAAAGUAUUUCCUUGUGUCACUGCAGCCGCAUGACUUCAAAUCAAUUGUUCUCGUGUUCGUAGACCUUGAAUUCCCCGUCAUUUGAAAGGAGGUGCUUGUGUAUGCUGACACUGUUAAAAAAAAAAAAAAAAAAAAAAAUCUGUUUUUUAACCCGGGGGUUUUUUUUAAAUUGGUUUUCUCUGACUUUUAGGUGUUGUCAGUGAUUAGUUUUUGGUGCUUGAUUCAUACAGUUUAAUAUCCUCACAUUUUAAAUGAACACACUCGGCUCUUUGGGUGAACUUUUUAAAAAGGGUUUUUUUUUUUUUUUUUUUUGAAUGAUCACACAUGAAUAGCACAAUCAGAGCUCUGUUUCAGUCGUACUAGAUGAGUGCUCACUGUUUCAAGGUGUCAUUAAUGGAAAUGUUGCUUUCACAUCAACUAAAGCUAGAACAGAUUAUUCACUAGCACUUAUUGAAACUACAACUGCAUAGAUUCAAUGUGUUAAUCAUGACUAGGCAUGGGCUGGUCAGUGUUAAGUCCAUACAUAGCCCUUAUUUGGACCUACAUAUUUAGGUUUAGCUCACACAAAACUGCUAGUUGGGUCUAAAGGUGGUCUAAGCUUUCAAUAAAGAAAAUAAAAAUCCACAAAGUCUGUAGAUUGUGCUAAAAUGCCAGAAGCAAAUUUAAAGACUGCUUGGUUUUGUUUUAGUAUGAAUGAAUUAAAUCAUUUUUACCUAAUGAGAUAUUAUGGUAAAAAUGUCUUUCCAAAUAUUCUGUUUUUUAGAUGGAGUAGAGAGGUAAAAACCAUAUACAUACUUGUACUUCAGUUGCAGAUGGUGUUUUUACAUUCGAGCAGUAGAGGGAGUACAUUGACAAAACUUUUUAUUUUUUGUUUAGAUCACCAGAAAUAAAGUUCAGCUCCCUUUUAAUGAA